AUGCACAUCCGAUCCCUUGCUAUUCUGGCCGGUGCGACCGCUGCUGUCGCCGCCGACACUGUCACCCUCUUCCUGCCUGGAUUCGACUCGCAAGACCUCGUGGGGAAGGUCAUUGGUUCCAGCGGAUCCAUGACCACCUAUCUCAUCAAGUGCCCGGAUAGCUCCGACUCCGAUGACUGUGGUGUCCCACCUAACGGCAUGACCGUCGCACAGGGUCCUUCCAGCGUUGAAAUCGGAUACGGUGCCGAAUCAGUCACAAUCUCGGAGAACUGCAAGUACGACUCCGCAUCCGUUUCUUGCUCUGUGAGCAUGGACGAGGGUGGCGUUACUACUGCGUUUCAAAGUGCUGUUCCUUUGUCUGAGUUCCCUGGCGCAAUGAUGUCCGUCACCGUUACUGGAACCGAGGCCGCCGGUGCUUCCGCUACCACUGGUGCCUCGGCCUCGGCCUCUACUGCCGCUUCUACCGGCGCAUCCACUUUGACCACCUCCGCUUCUACCUCUGGCAACACCUCUGCCGCUACUGGUACCAGCACCGAUACCCCCUCCAGCAGCGGCAACGCUGCUGCCACGAGCCAGACCGAGAGUGGUAACGCCGCUAUGCCCAUGGUGACUGGAAACGCCCGCUGGGCUGCUGGCGGUGUUGCCGCUGCUCUGGCUCUCGCUGCUCUCUAA